AUGUCCAGGUGUCGGCAUAAGCCUGCAUUACUGGUUGGAAGCUUUUACGCUUAUUUGGCAUUGAAGAAAAGAAAGCUUGUUAAACAUAAAGAACAUUUUUUUCAACAAAAUGGUGGCUUAUUAUUACAACAAGAGAUAGGGAAGGACAGAGGGUCAAUUGAAACAGCUCAAGUCUUCACUAUUGAGGAGCUAAAUGAAUCAACCAACAACUUCGAUGAAAAGAAGAUCCUAGGCCAAGGUGGUCAGGGAAUAGUUUACAAAGGGGUUUUACAAGAUAAAAGAAUUGUGGCAAUAAAAAAGUCCAAAAUCAAUGACCCAAACCAGAUUGAGCCGUUCAUCAAUGAAGUGGCUGUUCUUUCCAAAAUCAACCAUGGAAAUGUGGUAAAGCUUUUGGGUUGUUGUUUAGAGACAGAAGUUCCCUUGCUUGUUUAUGAAUUGAUUCCCAAUGGUACAUUAUAUGAGCAUCUUCAUGAUCAAAACCAAUCCAUAAAGCUUACGUGGAAAACAAGAUUAAGAAUAGCAAAAGAAACGGCUGGUGUCCUGGCAUACUUGCAUUCUGCUGCUUCUACACCAGUCAUACAUAGAGAUGUGAAAUCUACAAAUAUACUACUAGAUGACAAUCUCACUGCCGUUUUUAAUUUUGGAGCUUUACGGAUUGUUCCACUUGAUCAUACUCGCAUAACCACUCUUAAUUUUGGGGUCCACAAUUAUAUAUAAAUUC